AUGUCAACACAAUCAUCCAAAUUAUCACUAAACACCCGUUACUCCCUCCAACCUCCAUGCGGCCUACCAUCCCCCUCAUCCCAUACCCGCUCUUCAUCGACUCCACCAUCCACUAGGAUUCUCACUGUUCAGCCGAAUCUAAGCUUGGAAGAUGGAAAAUACAGAGAAGCAACUACAUUAGAUGACGAGGAUGACCUGGAAUCAGAUACGUUGAUAUCAUGUUUCGGUUCCCUAUCUGUAUCUUCUCUCCCACCCAAGAGUGAUAGUGGUGGACCAAUCAUCACCAGAUUCCCUAGACCCCCACCACCUCAACCUUCCUCCGAGCUGGGCACGAGGGAAGAGCAAAGAAGGAUAUAUCUAGGUCCGAAAUUGAGUGAUAGAGCUACAGGUGGGCCUGAUGCGGGUCCGUUGAUUGAUAGAUUCAGUUGUCUGUUUCAGGAUCAGUACAAUUGCGUAUCGAAUCCAAAGGGUAUCGUAUCAUUGGGAGUAGCAGAGAAUUUCCUAAUGCAAGAUGAAUGUAUGGAGCUCAUAUCAACUGCCCUCAAAGACAACUUCACCCCACUCGAUCUAUCUUACGGUGAUUCCUUAUGGGGAUCAAGGAGGAUCAACCGAGCUCUGGCUGGACUUUUCAAUGAAUACUUCGAUCCCGCAGAAGCGGUUAGGCCGGAACAGAUCAUCACUGGUGUGGGAUGUUCAGCUGUUCUUGAUCAAUUAUUCUAUACUUUAAUGGACGAAGGUGAAGCUAUCCUCCUAGCUGCACCCUACUAUACAGGAUUCGAUCGCGAUCUAAUUGGUAGAGGCCGAGUCCGACUCGUACCCGUCCAUGUGCCAAUCGGCGAAGCAGCGGUCCAGCCAGAUUGUCUGAAGCUGUUCGAAGACAAGUUGAAGGAGGUUGAAAGUGAGGGUAUAAGAGUAAGAGCCGUGAUCCUAUGCAAUCCUCAAAACCCUCUUGGUCGUACAUACCCCCGAGAAACUUUAUUAUCCUACGCAAAGUUCUGCGAAGAGAAAGAUCUGCAUUUGGUAUCGGAUGAGAUCUACGCUUUGAGCGUGUAUGACAAUCCAGAUUUUCCACAAGCACAUCCGUUUACUAGUAUGUUGAGUUUGAGUGUGGAGAAGGAAUUGGGUAUAGAAUUUGAUAAAGCCAGAUUACACGUCGUAUAUGGAAUGAGCAAAGAUUUCUGCUCGAACGGUCUACGUAUCGGAUCACUAGUCUCUCAGCAUAAUCCAUUAUUACUGAGAGCAAUGGCGAACACCUCGAUGUUAAUGAAGAUAUCCUCACCAGCAGACGUAAUCUGGUCAACGCUCUUACUCGACUCGGCCCGACUCAAAGCAUUCAUAUCGCUCAAUCGAAAACGUCUGACUGAGGCACAUGGAUUCAUCAGAAAAUGGUUUGACGAUCGAGGUGUCGAAGUGGCCAACUCAAAUGCUGGUAAUUUCAUCUGGGUCAAUCUCGGUAAAUCACUAGGAUUCGAUGACGCUCUAACAGAGAAAAAGGUAUUUCAAAGAUUGUUAGAUGGUGGUGUAUACAUUGCACCAGGUUCAGCAUACCAUUAUCAUAUUGCAGGAUGGUACAGGAUCACAUUCAGUGUACCCAGAGGUAAUUUACUAGUCGGACUAGACAAGAUUCAGAGUAUAUUGAAUCUCAACCUCAUCGAUCAAGAUCCAAUCCCAAAUUAA